GGGAGGGGAGGGCCGGGCCGCCAAGAGCCCAGCGCUCCGGAAGUGAAGCGGCCAGACCACCCGCUAAUGGAUGCGGAGCACAGUGCCUGCUGACCGCUCUCCGCGCCAGGGUCAGCUUGACUUGGCUGGAGCUAAGACAGACCCAGACACACCAUUGUGUGGAGUUGGGUGACAUCUUCCUUUUCUAGAAGCUGACUAAAUAAGCUCGUGACUCUCACGGAACAACUGGAACACAUACACAGGAGUCCAAGUCACCCUGCUGGGACACAUCUCUCUAGGAGCUCGGGAUGCAGGGGUGCAGAAUGGAGGCCUUUCCCCAUGACUAGCCAGAGGAGAGGUGAGGCGAGGCGAGGCGGCAAAGACUGGGAGAGUGGCAGAAACAGCUCUUACAGGUGUCUCGGGCACUCGCAGAAGGGUCAACAGCACCACGUGGCUGCUAGCAUCUGGGAGAGAGCAACGGCAGACCCCGGACUGCAGAGCCACAGGGAAUGGCACUGUCAUAACCGAGAUACCGACCAGCCACCUUGGGUCAGGUCUAGAGACAUAGCUGGAAGUGCUGAGUUCUUGCCACUGGGCAAGUAAGGGUUAUUGGUCCAGAAGACCUUGGGACUGCUGUGGGAGUGGCCUAGGACCCAUUCAGGGGUGGAGUAGAAGUUCAGGAGCUCAGGCAGGGUAUUCUGAGUCCUAAGGCAGCGUAUCUGCACCACAAACUAAUCGGCAGCUGUAGAGUUAGAGCGAGCAAAUACUCAGAAGAUGGCUCUGGCACUGUUGGAGGACUGGUGCAGGAUCAUGAGUGUGGAUGAACAGAAAUCACUGAUGGUUAUGGGGAUACCAGUGGACUGUGAUGAGGCUGAGAUUCAGGAGGUUCUCCAGGAGACUUUGAAGGCUCUGGGCAGGUAUAGACUGCUUGGCAAAAUAUUCAGGAAGCAGGAGAAUGCCAAUGCGGUCUUAUUAGAGCUCAUGGAGGAUAUUGAUGUCUCGGUGAUACCCAGUGAGGUUCAGGGAAAGGGGGGGAUCUGGAAAGUGAUCUUUAAGACCCCUAACCAGGACACCGAAUUUCUUGAACGACUGAACGUCUUUCUGGAAAAAGAGGGACAGACAGUCUCGGGGAUGUUCCGAGCCCUCGGCCAUGAGGGAGUGUCUCUGGCCGCCGUGCCCUGUGUUUCGCCAGAGUUAUUGGCUCAUUGGUUGGGGCAGGAGAUAGCACAAGCCCCUCAGCCUCUGCUGCCCAUGAGAUACCGGAAACUGAGAGUGUUCUCGGGGAGUGCCGUGCCCGCCCCCGAGGAAGAGCCCUUUGAAACCUGGUUGGAACAAGCCACUGAGAUCGUCAAAGAGUGGCCGGUAGCAGAGGCAGAAAAGAAACGGUGGUUGAUGGAAAGCCUGCGCGGCCCCGCCCUGGACAUCAUGCAUAUAGUGCAGGCGGACAACGCGGCCAUCAGCGUGGAAGAGUGCUUGGAGGCAUUUAAGCAAGUGUUUGGAAGCCUGGAGAGCCGCAGGACCUACCAGGUGAAGUACCUGAAAACCUAUCAGGAGGAGGGGGAGAAGGUCUCAGCCUAUGUGUUGCGGUUAGAAACCCUGCUCCGGCGAGCCGUGGAGAAACGAGCCAUCCCCAGGAAUAUCGCAGAUCAGGUCCGCCUAGAACAGGUGAUGGCGGGGGCCAGCCUUAGGGAGGUCCUGUGGUGCAGGCUGAGGGAGCUGAAGGAUCAGGGCCCGCCUCCCAGCUUUCUUGAGCUAAUGAAGGUAAUCCGGGAGGAAGAGGAGGAAGAGGCCUCUUUUGAAAACGAGAAUAUUGAAGAGCCAGAUGAAGGGGAUGGCUAUGGCCACUGGGAUCACGAGGCAGAUGACUAAAAACCAGCUCAGCGCAGGACCCACAGCCAGUGCACCUAGGGACAUUCACUUUAUCCAGCUGAGACGGCGUGGCUCUUUUUGUCGUUAAAUGUACACAACUGAAAUCGAGGCUUUGGGGCCAGGUUUGCUGCUUCUUUCUCAGAAAAAAUUAUCCGAGAGUUGCUUGGACCCUACAUAGAUGAUGAACAAACACCAGAUUAAAUUCCAAAUAUGAGAUAGGAAGCCUCAAGGAAGCUGAGGCACUUCAGGUCUCCCAAAUAGACCAAAGUUUACCCCUACCAUAAAAGAAAGAAAUGAUGUGAGGGAAAAAAAUAUAUAUAUCUUUUGUAAUUUAUUUAAAAAUCUAAGCUCUUGGACUUGUCAGGUGAUUUCCUUUCUCAAGUCAGCACCUUCUCUCUGAGUACCUAGCAGUGUGAGGCGCUGGUCAAAGAGGUAAGGAUCCUAAACCUAGGAGCAUGGGCGGUGCUCUCAGGGAGCUUACCACCUCCUUGAAGAUGUGACCUCGGCAUGGGAGAAGCAAAUAACUUCAUGUGUAAAUAAGUCACAACACCCGUAGAAGUGCCAUUGCCAAAUGAAUACAACCACCUCCGCUAUGAUGUUUCUUUCUUUACUUGGGAUGCACUCCUCCACUUUUCCGCUAGGUGUCAGAUGGUCAGUUCCAGGCACUGGGUCAGAGCCUCAAGACAUAGAUGACUCAGCCUAAUCGCUGCUUUCAAGAGAUUUACAGUAUGCCAGACACCUUUGAGAAAGAGUGGACAUUAUGGGAAGACAUGCUAGAGAGGGAGGAUUGGAUUUAGCGAGCAGACCAUUUUGGUCAGAGAAGAUUUUUAGUGGCGACAAAGGGGACGAAGGAGAGGAAAGGAGCUCGUGUUUACUGAGGGUCUAUUAUGUUCCAGGUGUUUUACACAUAUCUCAUUUAAUGUACACAGCAACCCCAACAGGGUAUCAUGUUGCCCUUUUUGAAAGAGAAGAUGAAGCUCAGAUGAGCUAAGUGGUCUCCUCAAUAUAGAAAUGCUAACAAGUGGCAGAGCUGAGAUAGAAGUCCGGAACUUUUGGACUCUUGCUAAUCCUCCCGCCACUACAAUCCUGAUUUUUCAAGUUGUGCUCCACAGUUCUGCAGAGAUUUUUCAGCAGUUCCAUCUUUAAAAUGUAUUUUAAACUCCACAUCUCUACUGAAAAACAGGUAGAUUCAAGUGUAUCGAUAUUCAAAUGUUCACACAUUGGCAUUCACCCGCAGGCUCACUUAUGUUUCCAGAUGGACUCGUUUUGUGCAGACCUCGGAAGUAACGUUCCCUUGUGAUAUCUGAGCACAUAUCUGGACUUAAUUGUUCAAAGAUUAAAGAAGUUAAUGGCACCUCACAGGUGUUUAAAUCAUGUCCAUGCAUGCCCUGUGAUGUAAUGUGUGCUCGUGGAGCAUAAAUGAGCACCAUUCGGUUAAAUGCUAGUUGAUAUAUAGCAUCAUGGUACCUUUUUGUAGACAGCAAACUUCUCUAAACAUCAGUUUCCUCGUUGGGAAAAUGGGAACAGAAUAGAAUAGGGUUGUUGUUGGGCUCCAGUGACAUAAUGCCUUUGAAUCCCUUAGCAUGAUGCCUGGAACAUAGAAAGCCUUCAGUACUUAAGACUCAUGAUUUUCAUGAUACUUACUGAAUGUUCAGUGCAUGCUCUCUUUAUUGUUCUAACAGUGGUGCGAUAACAAGUAAAUAUGUAAUCUGUCAGUCAAGUUGGGACAACAUUGCAUCAGAAACCAUUUUAGCUCUGGUCCAUUUGAGUACUUGCUGUCUGUUAUCUUUGUGAUAAGUAUGCCAGCAGCUGGACUGUUGUUAGUGAUUGGACUUGGAAACGAUAAAUUAUUCUUCCCAAUUGUGGAUAAUUUUAACGGACGAAUAUCCUGAGAUUGUAAGAAAAGCAUUUUUUUAGAAGGUACCAUUUGUGAUCAUUUCUAUGUUAUAAUUUUUCAAUACUGUUCAACCAAAAUGUCCAGUACACCCUUUCAUGGGGUUUUUUUUUUUUGUAUUCAUGAAAAUGGCCUCUUUGUUUUCAAUUAUUGACAGUAUACAAAGUAAAAUGUUAUAAAUGUGAAGUUAUUAAAUAAAUACA